GGAGUCAACCUUCACCUCGUGCGCAAAGGUGUUGUCUCUCCGAAAUCUUUAAUUAUCUCCAACGCGACUUGCUACUGACACGUCGGCAGUUUCGGCUGCCAUGUGCCCGCGUUGCCGGGGAGGCUCCAAUGUCACAUUGAUUGUACCUUAUCUUCGACCAUAUAACUCGGUACCUCUAUACAAGCACACAGAUUAGACGGCUGGCUGACGGUCUGUCAAGAUACCAUCCACUCACCAGAUGUCGCCUACUCUCGCCGCGACGUUGUUGCUUGCAGCGUGCAUUUCAACAGUUAAGCCAGACGACAAGCCCAAAUACAAAUGUGGCAACCCUAUCAUUUCACCUUUAUUACGGGAUGCCGAAGAUGAAGAAGCACCAAAUCUCCGCAUCGUUAUGGGGACUAACGCCAGGAGAGGCAGCUGGCCUUGGCAGGCUCUGCUCCGGUUUCGUUUAUCUCUGGACCCCACGCGGCCAGUGCUGACUUCUUCGGUGGCGUUGUGUGGUGGAACCCUAGUAAACAAGGACUGGAUUGUUACAGCAGCUCACUGCUUUGAUGAUCUACCCGGGGUAGAUAUAAACUUCAGAGAGGAAAGACGGUGGUAUGUGCAGCUUGGA